GUGCUGCACGUUCAGCCACCACCAGCGUCGCCACUACCACCUACAAGUAUUUAACAUGGCUAAAGUGAGCAGUAGCUCCUCUGGUUGUCGAGUGAUGGUAAUUGCGGGGAAAUACUUGUCAAGCCCAGGUCCUUUAGCGCUCACCCGGACGUGUGGCCCCCGGCAGCGGGACUUGUGCGGAGCUCAGCGGCGACGGGCGAGCUCUGAUACCGCGGGAAGCAAAAAACCUACGGCCUCAGCGCAAGAACAGCUGGGACUAUACUCUGCUGCAGACCGACAUCUACCGGCCAAUCGUAAUCUCAUUUACCGGGAUGUCAAAGCUUUUCUCAGUAAAGUCGGAGGGGACCCGCGAGAGGCCCGGUACUGGCUGACACAGUUCCAGAGAGCGUCCUCCUUUCAGUCUCCUGCGUUUGCAGUGUUAGAGGUGGACAGCUCUGUGUUUGAGCACAGAGACAUGGUCCAGAGCCUGGCGUUUGGACUGUCCUUUCUGCAGCGGAUGGACAUGAAGCCGGUAGUGGUGAUGGGAUGGUCUGGCUGUGGGGACGGUGUGGCUGAUCCUCAGAGCAGCAGGGCUUUAGUGGAGCGUAGCCAGCAGCUCACAGAAGCUCUUCACCAGCACUCAGCCUCUGUCCUGCCCUUCUUCUCAGCCCAAACUAUCCUACUACAGCGAGGAGCCCAAGCUCCGAACUCCAGAGCUCCGCCAGCCAUUGCUGUGGACACAGACCUUCUGCAGUGGAGUCUGGUCUGUGGGACCAUCCCUAUUGUCUGCCCUGUGGGGAGAGACGAGCAACAACGCUCCGUCAUGAUGGACUCAAUUGAAGUUACCUCUGCUAUCUCCAGAGCUCUGCAGCCACACAAAGUCAUGUUUCUAAACAAGUGUGGAGGCCUACGUUGCCGCCAACACAAGGUGUUUGCCACAGUGUCUCUGCCCGGGGACCUCCUGGCUCUGUCUACUGCAGAGUGGCUGCUUGAUGUGGAGCGGCGCAGAGUCACAUCUAUAGCCACAUUGCUCAACCAUCUGCCCAGCGAGUCAUCUGCAGUCAUCACAUCUGCUGACACAUUGCUAACCGAGCUUUUCAGUCACAAAGGGUCAGGAACACUAUUUAAAAAUGGAGACCCUAUACACAGGUACAGUUCCUUGGAUGAAAUUGAUGUGGAGCGUUUGCUGGCACUCAUCAACAAGUCAUUUGAAAAAACACUAAACCAAGAUUAUAUCGAGUCACUGAAAGGACGUCUGCGUACAGUCUACCUCUCGGAAGGAUACAGUGCUGCUGCUAUCAUCACUAUGGAGCCUGUUAAUGGUGGUACUCCUUAUCUAGACAAGUUUGUGAUCAGUGGCAGUAAACAGGGCCAGGGUACAAGCCACAUCUUGUGGGAGUGUAUCAGACAGGACUUGGGCAAACUGUUCUGGAGAUCUCGAGCAAACAACAAGAUCAAUCCUUGGUACUUCAAACAAUGUGAUGGCAGCUUUGUGAAUGGUUCGUGGACCGUGUUCUGGUUCGGCCUGGCAGACAUCCGAGAUUCGUACAAUCUAGUGGAGCAUGCAACCACCCUGCCCGACUCAUUCAUUCAUUAUAGCCCAGAGCUGUGUGCACCAGCAGUAAGCUCCUGACUUGAACAACUGCUGCUUUAAAAUUAACCUGGACCUUAAAACCCCAAUACUAAAGAGACUAAGGUUGUGUGAUUUGCCAAAAAAGAUCACAUCACUAGUUCCUUACAGCAUGGAUUACUUUUAUCCCAACUUCAUAAUUAGUUUACACCAAUUCAGCCAACACAUAUCAACUAGCCCUACAAGAGACACAUUUCCACAUAAUACUAAGUUGGGUAGCACAAAGAAAUGUCAUGUUGCUCAUUUGAAAAUUUGUAUUUCUGAAUCGAAAUGGACAUUGUGGCUGUUGAAUGUUGAAUGACUCAUUUUAGUUCACUAAAAUGAAUCAAAACAAGUGAAGGUUUGUGGACAUUAAAACAUUAAAAGCAGAAUUUCCCACAAAAAAGUUGCAGAGAUUGAGCUUUUAAUUUCAAAUGAGA